CAGAAGUCACGCAGAAACCAAAACAAACAGAGAAAGAGGUUUUAAAAAGAGCUCCUAACUCUGAUUUCAUACAACUAUUAAGAAAGCAAAACGCCUGGUUGUCCAGGAAGCAGUGACUGGAAGAGUGCAGCUGAUAGCUUCUGGAUCUUCUCCUUCCACUCCCAGCACUGCCUCCUCUUCUUCAACAAGACCAUGGAGGAUGUGUCUCCAGACACGGAAACCCCAUUGGUCGGGCCAAGCCUCCUGGAACGGCGUGUUCGCCAGCGAAAUCCGAAGGUCUCAGUUCUUAAAUCAAAGCUGAAAAAGGGUUUGACUUGCUCAGGUCCAAAGGUCCGAUCCACUCUUAAAGGGUUCUUCCCCGUGGUGCACUGGCUGCCAAAAUACAAGCUGAAAGAGUACAUCUGGGGCGAUGUGAUGUCUGGGUUGAUUGUUGGUAUCAUUUUGGUACCGCAGGCCAUCGCGUACUGCCUGUUAGCAGGAGUGCCACCCAUUUAUGGUCUAUACACUUCGUUUUACGGCAAUAUCAUUUACUUUCUCAUGGGGACGUCUCGACAUGUAUCAGUUGGGAUCUUCAGCCUCAUGAGCCUCAUGGUGGGACAGGUGGUGGUUAGGGAAGUUUUCCUGGCUGGUUUUGACAUGAAUGAGGACUCUACCCCAUCUCCUCAUCAACACUUAAAUGACACUGUGGGUGCAAACCUCACUAAUGAACCCGAGUUCACCGUGGAGCUGAUGGGUAGGCAGUUAGGGAAGGAUUCCUUUGCUAUCAGUGUCGCUGCUGCUGUUACAUUCCUGGCUGGAGCCUAUCAGAUUUCGAUGGCAGUGUUUCGGCUCGGAUUUGUCUCUGUCUACCUCUCGGCCCCCAUGCUAGACGGGUUUGCCACCGGAGCUUCUUUCACCAUCCUGACUGUGCAGGCUAAAUACCUGUUGGGUCUAAAGAUACCUCGUCAUCAGGGCUAUGGGACAGUAGUCGUUACUUGGAUUAACAUCUUCGCCAACAUUCACAAGACCAACCUGUGUGACCUCAUCACAAGUGCCACAUGCAUUAUAAUUUUAGUGGUUGGGAAAGAGAUCCAGGAGCGCUACAAGGACCGCUUAAAGAUCCCCUUACCUACAGAGCUGGUAGUCAUGGCGGGAGCUACACUUGCCAGCCACUUUGGGGAAUUCAAUACCCAAUACCAUUCCAGUGUCUCUGGUCACAUUCCCACAGGAUUUAUCCCACCUCAGGUCCCCGUGUUCAGUAUGAUGUCACGGGUGGUGCUGGAUGCCAUUCCUGUGGCUGUCAUUAGUCUUGCCUUCACCGUGUCGCUAUCUGAGAUGUUCGCAAAGAAACACGGAUAUACCGUUCGUCCCAACCAGGAGAUAGUGGCCAUUGGACUCUGUAACGUUGUCCCCUCCUUCUUUCACUGUUUCACCACGAGUGCUGCGCUGGCAAAAACAAUGGUGAAGGAUUCAACCGGAUGCCAGACUCAGGUAUCGAGUCUGAUCAGCGCCCUGGUGGUCCUUCUUGUCCUCCUCUUCUUCGCUCCAUACUUCCAAGCACUUCAGAAAUGUGUCCUUGCUUGCAUCAUCAUUGUAAGCCUUCAAGGAGCACUGAGGAAGUUCAGGGAUGUCCCAGCCAAGUGGCGAGCCAGCCGGACGGAUGCCAUUGUUUGGUUGGUAGCCAUGUCAACCACUGCUCUGAUCAGCGUGGAGCUGGGCUUGCUUGUUGGCAUGGUUUUUUCAAUGAGCUGCAUCAUCUAUGAAACCCAGAAUCCAAAGGUCUCUCUCCUUGGCCGGGUCAGUGACACCAAUCUGUAUGAGGACAUAGAGGAGUACAAGAAUCUCACAGCACCAGGUUGGGUUAAGAUCUUCCGUUUCCAGGCUCCUUUGUACUAUGCUAAUAAGAACGCUUUCCUCAGAUCCCUCUACAAAGCUGUCGGAGUAGAACCUUUCUUGGAGUUGACUAAAAGGAAAAAGGCAGAGAAGAAGGACAAAAAGCAAGCCAUGACAAAUGGAGAGAAACCCAAUUUUGAUGUCUUUGUAGGGGUUGGCAAAAAAGAACUAGAGUUCCACACAAUAGUUUUAGACUGCUCAGCCAUCCCUUUCAUUGACUCAACAGGCAUGGCCACUUUCACAGCGCUGGUUAAGGAAUAUAAAGAGAUCAGUGUAAGUGUGCUCCUUGCAUGCUGCAACACAUCAGUCAUCGAUGCUCUCCAGAAGGGAGAGUUCUUUGGGAGGAAUAACAAAGACACAAGUAGUCUGUUGUUUUAUACAGUUCAUGCUGCUGUUCUUCACGCAAACAGAGCAGCAGAAGUAAGUAAAGCGGAGGACUCUGUGGUGUAGAUUGACUGGAGAAAACAUUUUUUUCUCUUCUGUCUGUGUGCUUAAAAGGGUGUAUUAAGAAGCUCUGAAAGUAUACCCUGUAAACAUUGUCCAUAAAACAAAGAGGUACCAAGAGAAGAAAUAGCAAAGUGAAGAAUAUAUAGAAAUAUUUUUUUAAUUUUAUACCCUUGAGUAAUGAUCAACAAUGCUUUUUUUGGAGCAUUUGAAGGUCCAAAGAGCUCCUUUUUAAAGCCAGUAAAUAAAUAACCCAAUGACCAAUUGUAUUUGAAAAAUUCGUUUUAAUGUUAAAUUUAUAUUUUUCUGUAUGACAAAAAGUUAAAAGCACAAAUGGGGCGACAGUGGCUCAGGUAGUAGAAGUUCGUCCAGUAAUCGGUGAGUAGGCGGUUUGAACCCCUGGUCCGUCCAUCUUACUUGUUUUGUCCUUUGGCAAGACACUUCACCCAUUUUGCCUGCUGUUGGUGAUCCGAUUGUAUGGCAGCCUCACUUCUGUAAGUCUCGCCCAGUCCAACUGUAGCUAUAAUGUAGCCUACCACAGUCAGUCUGUGAAUGGGUGGAUGACUGAUUGUAGUGUAAAGUGCUUUUGGAUCAAAUCUAUCAAUGUGGCUUGGUUCACCAGGUUUUGACAUUUGCUCUCCUUUAGUUUACAGAUUUUAAUCUUUUAGCUUCACUAAGGACUGAGUCAGUGGUGGUCUAUUAUGUAGCUUUCUCCCACAGAGUUUGUCUUGUCUUUCUGCACAAGGGAAAGGAACUAAAAGCCUAACCAAACACACUCAUUGCUACCCCAGAGAGUGCCUAUGUAUUAUUUUUAGUUGCUAGGUGUACAUGUGUACAAGAUUUCCAGGAGGUCUAACUAGAACUGAUUUAGAAUUGCGUUAGGAAUAUUGUCAGAGCAUUAAAAGAGGCAUUAAAACAGAUAAAGCACUCCGACAAGUGUUUUUUGAAGUGUAGCUUUUUUAAUUUAACUUCACCAUUCAUAGGAAUGUGUUAAAGUAGACACGUGUGACUUUUGUUAUUGAUUGAUGAGUUUUCCAUAAACACUUAUGUAAAUAUAAAAAGUUACUCGUACCCGCUUUAUCCGGGACCGGGUCGCAGGGGCAGCAGACUCAGUAGAGACGCCCAGACGUCCCUCUCCCCAGACACCUCCUCCAGCUCCUCCGGGGGGAGC